AGACCAGAGGGACAAAUUGUUUGCACAGCGCACUUCGAGCAUUGCGAUUCAACGCCACUUCAGAAUUGAACAUGAUCUCUGUUGCUGCAUCGCCUGCGCCUGAGGUACCGUCUACUUCUUAUGAUGGCCUGGGCGAGGCACUCGACGAAGAGAUCGCCCAAAUACGAGCCGAAAUUGAGAGACUGACGAAACGCCGCAAAGUGUUGACCUCAUCUCUACUAUCUUCGACACAAGUCCAAGAGAGACUUUCUAAUUCUCCUUUCCAAGAUGCUUCUGAAGGCUCACACUUCCGACCUCUCGAGUCUGCAUUCCAGCAAUCUACACUCAACAUCCACCGCUUAGGGUUCGGCGUCACAGCAUUUCCGUUCCACGAUCCGAGUCCCGAAGUACAACCCAAGAACCCGCUGCUAGGCAUAAGAAUAGACAUAUGCAAUCGCAAGGGUCAGUUUGACUCCCCAUACUACCUCUUUUGUAUCCGAGCAGGCGACGGAGAAGGACCGGUAAACCAAGAAUUGCGCAUACAUCGUCAUACAAUCCCUGCAUUGGUGCCGCUCCAGGAGUAUGAGAAGCAGUAUCUACCCUUGUCGGACGAAGGAUAUGGUGGCUCGGAGGACUCUGCGCUGAGCGUUGACGGGAGUCAGAAGAAACAAGACCUUCAUGCUCUUGUGUCGAGGGUCCGACACGACCUUGUUGCUUGGAGAUUACGACAGGACGCAAUCGACUGGAUGAAAGAGAAGCUACAGAUACCCGUCGAGCAGGAUCAAUCCAGAGAAGAUCAUGAAGACCAAGACCCUGCGGAUGAAGGCGUUGGGGAUGGCACGUUACCAGACAUCGACGCACCUGCAGGCAAACUUGGUAUCCGCGAGUUCGAAGCCAUGGGUGUUGAUGCUCGACAAGUGCGCAUACUGUGGUCAGACGACAGAGUUGGACGGAUCAAGAUAUCAGACCAAGGCAAGAUCGAAAAGGCAGCUGUCGUUGGGCUUGAGGGCCGUAUCGUGAAUAUGGAACGCAUAUUGAGUGAGGGUGAUGCCACAGUCUUUGAUCUCUUCGACCGUUUACAACAAGUCGAUCUGAACACAAGCAAGAUGGAACGAAGAAUUGCAAGAAAAGGGGACUAGGGCACAAUCGUGUUCAAAUUAAUGCGAUCAAUGAACUAAUGCCGACUAAUUUGUCGAAGAAGCUGCGUUCAAUGUCCAUCACACGCAUACUCUUCGCCUCAAUGGAAAUUUGGACGGUUUGGCCAGUGGUGCUUGUACGUGCCACUAUUUCCAAUGGUGUCGCUAGUCUCCGGAUCCUUUCCCAGGCGUGCUGUACAGGCUGCAGAUGCAGUUCCUGAUUCGGGGCACAGGGUCACUAAGGUCCCAUUCAACUUGUGGGCCUCUCGAACGCUUCCUCCACGACCCUAUCUACGUCGAGAGGGCAGAUCAACUUGACUCGGUCUUUGACCUCUUGCUUCCGUG